UAUUUAAAAAAAUAUCUUAGGAAAUGACAUCUGUUCCUUUAGUAUCAGUAUUUUCAGCAGAUGACUCAACAAAAGUCACAGCUAAACAUAUCCCACUUCCAGCUGUAUUCUAAACACCAAUUAGACCAGAUAUAGUGUCAUUUGUUCAUACUAAUAUUGCUAAGAAUAGAAGAUAAGGUAUUUGAAUAAUGUUAUAUGUUUAUUAUAGCUCAUGCUGUAAAUCCAUAAGCUGGUAUGUAACAUAGUGCUGAGUCUUGGGGUACAGGUAGAGCAGUAGCUCGUAUUCCAAGAGUAUCUGGAUCAGGAACACAUAGAUCUGGUUAAGCAGCAUUUGGUAAUUAAUGUAGAAAGGGAAGAAUGAGUUUACCAAUUAAAGUAUGGAGAAGAUGGCAUAGAAGAGUCAAUAUCAAAUAAAAGAGACAUGCAGCUGCUUCAGCUGUUGCUGCUACAGGAAUUGUUCCAUUAGUAUUAGCUAGAGGACAUAGAAUCAGUUAAGUCCCAUAAAUUCCACUUGUUGUUGAAGAUAAAAUUGAAUCAUAUGAAAAGACAACUGAUGCUCUUAAUUUCUUAAAAAGAUUUGGUGCUUUUGAAGAUGUUUAAAAAGUUGUUUCAACAAAAGUUGUUAGAGCUGGAAUUAGUAAAUAAAGAGGAAAGAAAUAUAGAGUUAGAAAGGGACCACUUGUUGUUUACUUCAAUGAGAAUGCUAAAUUAUUGAAAGCAUUCAGAAGUAAUUUCUUAUAUUUAUAUAUUAAUUAGAUGUUCCAGGAGUUGAAGUAGUCAAUGUUACAAGAUUAAAUCUUCUUUAACUUGCCCCAGGAGGUUAAUUAGGAAGAUUUGUUAUUUGGACUUAAAGUGCUUUUGCUCAUCUUGAUAAAUUAUUCGGAACAUAUAGAUAUGCUUCAGUUCUUAAAGAUGGAUAUUAAUUAUUAAGACCACUUCUUACUAAUCCAGAUUUAGCUAGAAUCAUCAAUUCUAAUUAAGUCUAAGAAAAGGUAUAACCAGCUAAAACAACCACUGUUCUUCAUGAAGUUUAAAAGAAGAAUCCAUUAAGAAAUACUAAAGCUAUGGAUAGAUUGAAUCCAUAUGCUAGAAAAUAAAGAGCUGCUGCUAUUGCUGCUAUCAAAGCCAAUACCAAAGGAACUAAGAAGAUCAAGAAGGUAUUCUUUUAUUUAUAUAUCUUUCUUAGAAUAAAGCACUUAAAAAAGCUUCCAGAGCUGCCUUCAAUAAAGUCUCUUCUGCCUUAAACGAUGCUACUAAUGCUGCUGUUCAAGAAGAAUAAGACAUCAAAGUUAAAUAUUUCUCCGUUUAAAAGGGAGCUGCCUAAGCAGAAUGAUGAGCUUAACAUAUCAAUUGUAUAAUAAUAUAAUACAUAAUAUUCAUCC